AUGGCUCAGCUACCAGAAGUUUUCAAGAAUAACGACAAAGACACGUUUGGCGCAUACACGGCCCACGUCAGAUGGCCGAUCAUUGUGACAAACGCAAUUGACGAUUUAGAGACCGAAUUGAAAUCGCUAGAUGCGACUUCGCAGCAUUAUCGCGACGGAGAGACGAUCAAGAAGGGUUUGGUCGCGUUGAAAAGUGAGAUCCAAAACGACGAAGAAAUUAGACCCUUUUCCGCCCGCGAAACCCAGUUUGCGCAAGUGCCCGGCUCGUUCAACGAAGUCAUCUCCGCGGCCCCACAGACGUGGUUGACCGGCGGCUGGCUUUUUUGCGAGGUGUACCUGUACAGGCGCAUGAACGUGCUUUUUCAAGCGUUCAAUUCCUGGCGCGAGUUUGAUAUUUUCAACCGUCUAAAGCAGUCCACGUUCCACUCGUCCUUGUUUGGUGUAGUCGAGCUUGCAAUCCGCUAUAAAAACUUGAAAACCCAGCUAAAUGGCGCCGAUCAAGAGAUGCUUGAAAUCCUGUUCAAGGAGUUCGUCGAGAUUUCGUUGUGGGGAAAUGCCACCGAUCUCUCACUACUCACCAACGCGACCCUCGAGGACAUCAAAUCCAUUCAAGGUGCAGAAGCCAGAAAGGCCUCUGAGUCUAAGAUUAUUGUCAACGACACUGCUGUCGCUUGGAAACACUUAUUGGGUGCCUCGAACAAACGUGUCGAUUUCGUUUUGGACAACUCCGGAUUCGAAGUUUACGCGGAUCUCAUGCUUGCCCUGUUUUUGCUAGACACCGGUGUGACCGAACUCUGCAAUUUCCACGCUAAAGACAUUCCGUAUAUGGUCAGUGAUUGCAGAAUUCGCGAUUUCCAUGAAUUGCUUGAUGACCUCAAAAGCCCAACUUUUUUCGAUCUCACGUCAUUGGGGAGCAAUGCAAAGGCAGCUCGUGAAGGUCUUGACUUUCUUGUGCGAUCAAUUGAAUCCUAUGUGGAUGCAGGCAAGAUCGUUUUUACGCAAGAUUCAUUUUGGUCAUUGGACCUUGACUACUGGAAUUUGGAUGCCUCCGAGACUAAAUACCAUGGCGCAGAGAUCCACAAGGACUUCUUGAAGAGCGAUCUCGUCAUUUUCAAAGGAGAUUUAAACUAUCGCAAACUUACUGGUGACAGAAACUGGCCUCGGACAACGGCUUGGUCCACAGCUAUAGGCCCCCUAGCGAAAAAUGGUAUUAAAUCAUUGAGUUUAAGAACUUGUAAAGCCGAUGUUGUUGUUGACUUGCCACCUGGAUGUGAUGAAAAAUUGUGCCAGGUCUGGAAAACCGAGAAACCCAGCGAGCCAUCUUCCUGGUGGUCUUCAAGCGGCAAAUAUGCCGUCAUAUGUUUCUGCGAUGGUCAGCAAAAGUAA